AUGCCUCAAACUUCAAGUAAACAUAGUCAACCCCUCUUACAACACUCUUUUAAUAAUUCUCAGCCUUUUACACAAAAUUCAUUUAAUAAUCUGUUCAAAUCAACUACAAUUACAAAUUCACUUCCCACACAACCGGCUGCCCCGUAUCACACUUCAGUUUAUUCGGCACCUCAACACAAAAGUACAUUUUCCAACGCCCCCCCCUCUGUCUCUGUUUAUGGUACUCACUCCCUCUCCAAUAUCUCUGGUAUCAAUUUGGAUUCAACCAAGUUGCCCACUUACAACGGACAGUUAACACCCAUUCACCCCGAAGAGUUCCUAGAACAAGCCGAACAAUAUUUUUUGACACAACCCCCCGUCCCCGACCAGUUCAAGAUCAACUAUGUAAAGGCGAAGUUCGUAGAUGAUGCUCAACUAUGGUAUCCCCCCACCAUCGGUGUAUAG